UUGCAGUUCCCUUGAUUUAAUAAAUUAAGAUAUAAAACAAAUGGCUGAAUAGCUGUAAACUAUCGGUCGAUCUAUGGGCUGAACAUUACCUUAUAUAGACCUGGUUUCUGGCUGUGAGAGGUUCCUGGCUUGUCCUGGUCUUAAAUGUAAACGAAGGACACAAGCACCAACUUCGUGACGAUAUCUCCUGCCACCGCACCCUGGCGCACGCUCAAGUAGCAAAAAAAGGAAUGAGAGAGCGAAAUAGGCUUUGCAAUUAGACGCCAAAAUGUCAUCCUCGGAGCAGAUCAUUGCCAUCACUAUUGAUGACAAAACGUACAAUGUGAGCAAAAGCAAGCUGAUAGAAAAGAGCGACUACUUCCGCGCUUUGUACAGCUCCGGAAUGCGGGAAUCAGGGGAGGACUCGGUGCAGCUGCAGGGACUUAGUGUCCCGGGGUUGGAGCUGGUCCUGGAGUUCAUCAAUACCUCGAAGGUGCAGGUCGCUAACGAGACUUUGGAAGACUUGAUUGAAACGGCCUCCUUUCUACAAGUAACUUCGAUUUUGAAGCUGCUUCUGUCGGAAAUAAGGUUGGACAAUUGCGUAGAGCUGUAUAACCUCUCGGAAAUAUACGGGACGCACGACUUAAGGAAUGCCUGUCUCAAGUUCAUGAGCUGUCACUACCAUCCCAUGUUGCGGAGAUCCGAGUUCCGCAACCUGCCAGCCGCUUUGCGCAAUCAGGUGAGGGAGAUGCGCAUGAAAGGCACCGCGACCCUAGUCGCGAUCGGAGACUUCAUAGGCACCUGCUUGGACUUGGCAGAACAGGACGAGCCGUGGUCCAUGCUCCGGUACGGAGAGUUGGAACAGCGCUGGAAACCGUUGGCCAACAACCUGCCGUCAGACAUGGUCAACGUCAGGGGAUAUGGGUCUGCAGUCCUGGACAACUAUCUGUUCAUAGUUGGAGGCUACAGAGUGACGAGCCAGGAAAUUUCGGCGGCCCACUGUUAUAACCCUUGCAGGAAUGAGUGGAAUCAGGUUGCACCACUGAACCAGAAAAGGUCCAAUUUCAAGCUGCUAGCAGUCAACGGGAAGCUGUAUGCCGUGGGGGGGCAGACUUUGGGGACUGUGGAGUGCUACAGUCCCGAACAGGACUGGUGGACCUGCGUUUCCUCCUUGCCUAACCCUCUGGCAGAGUUCUCGGCCUGCGAGUGUCAGGACAGAAUCUAUGUCAUGGGUGGCUACACAGCCAGAGACAGGAACACAAACGUGCUGCGGUACUGCCCUAUCUCUGACAACUGGACCGUGUUCCGCUCCUGCCCUGCCCACGUACGCAAGCAGCAGAUGCUCUCCGUGGAAGAUACCAUUUAUCUGGUAGAGGGGUAUACCCACGAGCUGGGGCCAGACCGACGGCGGGUCAGCCAGACGGAGGACAUGCUGACUGUGCAGUCCUACAAUGUGACCACAGGCGAGUGGCUCUGCUUGAAGGAAAACACCUCCAAGUCGGGCCUGAACCUCACGUGCACGCUUCACAACGACGGCAUCUACAUCAUGAGCCGCGACGUGGGCCUGCCAACCAGUCUGGAGCACAGGGUCUUCCUUAAGUACAAUAUCUUCUCCGACGCCUGGGAAGCUUUCCGCCGUUUCCCGGCCCUGGGUCAGAACAUGCUCCUCUGCUCACUCUACCUGCCCAACGUUCUGUGAGUCUGGCUGGACCAUGUAUUAAACGGGGCCCCCUGGAUUGUGGUCAGUGUUUGUCAUGGUUUAAGCUUCACCGAAAGCCGGUCGUCAUACAGUGGAUGCCGAGGUCUUGUUACUAUGCAGCCCGUUAGAUCUUGGUAGUCAAGCUGUAGGCCAAUGCUCUGCUACGCAAUGGAGGAACGCUCAAGGACUUUGAUCCUUCAGUUCCACUUAGACGCAAAGUGGGUGGGGACGCACAAUCUUACUGUACGUGUACGUAAACAAACCAUCGCAAUCCUCUUUUCUGCUGUGAGGGUGCCGUCCUCUUUGAGGACAGUCAUCUUGUCCAGAAGCUCUGUGCGACCACAAAGUACAGUUUUGUGGGCUUAAGGUUCAGAUGUGAUAGGGGCAGCCCACGAUCUUGCUCUUUUACUCAGCUCCAAGAUGUGUAAUGGACUGCCAGAAAGGAUGGCUGCUGUACC